AAACAUCACUGCAAGGAAAAUGACUUUCAACGACGUGAGAGACCUCACUGAGCACCUGAAGCUUCUGGGCUAUCCAGAAUUCUUCCCAAUGUCUGCCCUCUAUACGCCAUAUGGGAGCAUUGCUGGCUUCAAAAUUGUGGCCAAUGUGCUAAAUUGGUUAGCUGCUAGACUUGAGCCUGGAACAACACUUCCUGGUGGGACUGAAAGUGAAGCAGAGAGGGUCCUCCUGAUAAGAGCAGCAUCGGAAUUCUUUAUCACAAAAGCAGGGAUUAAAAUAAAUCCAAGGAAGCUCUAUGCUAGCUCUGUUGCUUCUGCAAAGGAACUCCUAAAGAUUACCUCAGUACUCAUUCAAGCUCCUAGUGAUGUGAAGACUCAAGAAGAUGAGAUGAAGACGUUAAACGAGAUUGAUUUGUCUGAUAGGAUUGAAGAUCUUCGUAGAGUAAGGGAGCUUUCAACGGAGUUAACCAACAGAGGAGCAUCCCUGUAUGAUCUCUUGGGAAAAGAGCCCCUCAACAAGGAAACAAGAGAACAUCAAGCUAACCGCCCAAUGGAGCUUUCAAGCGUUGAACAUGCUCUGGUUUCAUCAUUCUCAACACUUCAGAGCAAAUCUCAAUCUGCAAAGACCUACCUCGAACAGACGCGUGACGAAGUAACAAAUCUCAAUUCAAGACUCCAGAGGAAGCAGCAGGAGCUGGAUAGGAGCAAGCAACGGCUUUUAGCUCUUCAGAAGGUUCGCCCAUCAUACCUUGAGGAGUUUGAGAAGCUUGAAGAAGAGCUGAAUGGGCUCUUUGAUAUCUACUUGACACGACAUCGUACCGUGGAUGCCCUUAAAAGUGCUCUGGCAAAUAGAGAUUCAACUAUUGAGGCAUCUCUGGGUUCCCCAAUUCAGCGUACAGCAGCUGAGAGCUCAAUGACUGUCCUUCCGGAGGGUUUACUGGACAGUGAUGAUGAGGAGGAGGAUAACAUGAUGCGCCUGAAGGAUGAGACACCCAAAGCAAGGGAAGAAAUCACCAGAAAGGAACCUGAAACUUCCGUGGCUAGGAAGCAAUCAGCUAAUCGUCUGAGGAUCCGUACAGGAGCUAUAAAUCGUGGCGAGAGGAGAAUUAUUGGAGCAAUGGGAGGAACUACUAACAGGGAGAAUCGCUUUGAUAGCUCCCUCGAGGAUGACACAGACAGUGAAUUGGAUAUGCAGGAUUUCGACGGAGAUGAUAUCCCAACAGAUGAUGAUGAGAGUGAAAGUCUGGCAAAUCUGACCAGAGAAGGAGCCAAGAGUGUUCGUCCAGAUCAGAGCGAUGAAGAUUUCUAA